AUGCACACUUCCGACUUUUCAGUGAUAGUUUUUACUCGAGGAUUUUGACACUGAGUUUACCUUAAAUUAAUAUUAUCUUAAUAAUAUAAUUUGAAAAAAUUGUUAGUCAAAGAUGUUUCGUACGUUCGUAUUUUUAUGUUUCGUUGUCAUAAUUAAGAAUUCCAGACAGCAAUGUUCACCGUCUUUGCCGACUUCUAUGAAAGGAAUAGGCGGCGAUGCUCCUCAACAGGCCGACGGAGUAUGGUACGUCUACAGGAAAAUGGGAGGAAAUUACUCCAGUGCAGCACAGAUAAAGAUAACCAGUGUCGCGCCGUAUUAUGACCCGGUUACCAGCGAGCCGCAACAACUGCAGUGGUGGGAAAUAUUCUCCGAUACAGCAGACUCAUACUGUCCACACCAGUUCUGGACGGGUUCCUAUUCAACUUCCGGAACACAGAUUGGUUCACUGGGCGGAUCAGAUGAUAAAUAUAUAAUGCGUCCACUGGAUUAUGUGGUUCUGUAUCACGACUACCAGAAUCUGUUGGUAAGUUACGGCUGCGGGAAGUCGCUAGCCGACGGUGUCCAUUGCGCCACGCCCACUAUCAUCGCCCAAACUCGAAAGCGACCAGAUCAAUUGUCGGCGUCCGAAAUGGACAAUUUCGACAACCUGAUCAAUUCCGCCUUUUCCUCAUAUUGUGUCACGGUGCAGAAUAUUCCGAAGGAAACAUACGGACCAAAGGGCACCUGCGCUGCUAUCGACCCUCCGUUCUGUAUUGCUCAGGAUAUCCAAGGAUUCAAGAAUACCAUCGUAAACACCUCAAGUUCAACAACCACGACCACUGUUGCACCAAGCUAUGGUGGCUAUGGCGCUGUGCCUUCGGUGUGUAAAUGGCCCAAUUCAAUGCCCUCUCAAGGAAAAAUUGAUGUCUCGCUGAUCACCGGAAAAUUCUAUCUCUAUCGAAGAUUGUUUUUACCGGAAGCAAUGCCAGUGAACCAGUAUGCUGUUUGGACCGACAUGGGACCAUCUGCCACGCCUCUGAUCAAUGCCCCCGGUCGUACUAAAUGGUGCGAGUAUGUCAACUAUGCCGAUGCUGGCUCGUCACAGUGCGUCAAUGGCGUCUAUGUCGGACCAAUCCAAGACAACGGUCUCCAAAUCGGCUUGAUCCUUCCGACUACGACGUCAGGCGCUAUACAGCCAUUCUCCACCAUGUUCCUGUAUGUGGACGCUUCUCAGCAAAUCUUCUACGGGUGCGGUGCUCAGAAUUUACAAACCGGUAUUUGCGAUUCACCGGUUUUGGUUCACCUGAUUUCGAAAGAUCCACUGCAGCUAACGCAGGCGGAAAAAGAUGCAUUCGACGCCCAGGAGAAUGUUUACCUGAGCAAGUACGGGUGUAGUGCCGCCAAAGAUGUGCCGCUGACAACACAAACAGCCGGUCUAGCAGUGUGUCCCCAAGUCCCAACAACGGAGUGUAUGCAGAACCACAUAACAGGAUACCAGCAAAUUUUAGCGGGAUUGCAAAGCUAUUAAGCUAAUUAUCGUACCUGGAGCUUUGAAAAUAUGUAUUUUUUUUAUUUUGUAGCUGUUGUCCCUCAGAACUGUUAUAGAUACCGAAGCACUGGGACCCAGUGCCUCUAAAUCAGACGAUGACAACGAAAACCACUCAGCCCC